AUGCGGGUUACAUUAGAUGGCUGGCCAAUGUCGUGUGAGACAGAGCCGUUGAAACCCUGUGUAAGACGGAAGUUGGAACUCAGUGUCGAGGAUGGGUGUCUUCUUUGGGGGAGAAGAGUGAUAAUUCCGCUACCAGGGAGAUCGAAAAUAUUAGCUAGCAGCACUCCAUUAGCAGCUCAUCCAGGUGUAUCACGUAUGAAAGCUUUA